AUGGAGGCGGUGCGGGCGCAGCGGCUGCAGCCCGGGGUGGGCGCGGGGCCUCGCGGGGCCCGGCCCGGCCUCCCCGGGGCCCCCGCGCCGCCGGGGCUGGGGCCGGCAGCGGCGCCGGGGCUCGGAGCGGGCCUGGGGCUGCCCCCGCCGCCGCCCCCGCUGGGUUUGCAGGGCCCCCCCGGCGCCGGGGCCGGGGCCGGGCCGCCCGCGGUGCUGCGGGAGGCGGUGGAGGCCGUGGUGAGGAGCUUCGCCAAGCACACGCAGGGCUACGGCCGCGUGAACGUGGUGGAGGCCCUGCAGGAGUUCUGGCAGAUGAAGGCGUCGCGCGGGGCCGACCUUCGCCACGGGGCGCUGGUGCUCUACGAGAUGGUGCCCGCCGGGAGCCCCCCCUACGUCUGCUACGUCACCCUGCCCGGGGGCAGCUGCUUCGGCAGCUUCCAGUUCUGUCCCACCAAGGCCGAGGCGCGGCGCAGCGCGGCCAAGAUCGCGCUGAUGAACUCCGUGUUCAACGAGCACCCGUCGCGCCGCAUCACCGACGACUUCAUCGAGAAGAGCGUCUCCGAGGCCCUGGCGUCCUUCAACGGCAACCGGGAGGAGGCGGAUAAUCCCAACACCGGGAUCGGGGCGUUCCGCUUCAUGCUGGAGUCCAACAAGGGAAAAUCCAUGCUGGAGUUCCAGGAGCUGAUGACGGUUUUCCAGCUGCUGCACUGGAACGGGAGCCUGAAGGCCAUGCGGGAGCGGCAGUGCUCGCGCCAGGAAGUCCUGGCUCACUAUUCCCACCGCGCCCUGGACGAUGACAUCCGGAACCAGAUGGCCCUGGACUGGGUGAACCGGGAGCAGAGCGUCCCGGGCGCCCUUUCCCGGGAGCUGGCGGCCACGGAGCGGGAGCUGGAUGAGGCCCGGCUGGCCGGGAAGGAGCUGCGCUUCCAUAAGGAGAAGAAGGACAUCCUGCUGCUGGCGGCCGGCCAGCUGGGAUCCGGCCACUCCGCCGGCUGCUGAGCCCCGGGAUCCGGCCCCGGGAUCCCUUCCGGAGCUCCCGGCCCCCCUUCCCGAAUCCCGGCCCGUUUGCACAUUGGAAAGAAAUGUAGGGAAAAAGCUCCUGGGUGGAUUUUAACCGCUUCAUCCCGGUUUUUAGAGGUGCUCCUCAGUCUCCUCAUUCCCUAGAGAGUCUCUUAUUCCCUCGA